AGGACGGACGGCGGCGCGGGGGAAGCGAGCGUUGGAAGGGCGGCGCGUUGGCGGCGGUGGCAGCGCGAGCCGGGCCGUGCGGUCGCGCAGUGUGGCUGAGUCUCCACCAUGGCCGAGACCAUGCGCGACCCCAGGACUUUCUUUUCGCAGGGCACCGUCGCUCAGUUUAACUAUGUGAUAGGCCUUUACGACGAGGCAGUGAAACUCAAGGCAGAACAGAAGAACAAGAAGCCAGAGGAAUUUCUCAAGCUAGACAAAUGGUAUCAGACAGAACUACCCAAAAGGAUAAAAUCCAGAGGAAAAGACGCUCAUCUAACCCAUGAAGAACUCUGCCUUUGCAUGAAAUGGAAACUCUCACGUGGGAAAUUCUCUCCCAGACUAAAGGAUCUUAUUCAGAUGAACACUCCACGUCUGUGUAUGACAGAAACAAAGAAAGCUUUCAGGGCUUUAUUAAAGAAAGAGGACUUGCCUUCUGCCAUCCAGGCUCUCUGUAACUUGAAGGGUGUUGGACCAGCCAUGGCAUCAACAAUCUUAACAGCAGGAAGCCCAGAACUCUGUGGCUUUAUGGCUGAUGAGUGUCUUCUUGCCAUCCCCGAAAUUGAAGGUAUUGAUUACACAACAAAAGAACUUCUGAACUUUGUGGAACAACUUAAAGUAGCAGCUAAUAGGUUAAAUAAGGAAGACAAUGGCUCAGUGACAUGGAACCCUCACAAAGUUGAGAUGGCUCUCUGGGCUCACUUUGUUGUAGGAGAAUUGAAGAAGGAGCUUUUAGAUGGAAUGCCAGGUGGUCUUGCAGCCCCUGCUCCUGCUGCCCCUACUGCCACAUCACAACAAACAACAGAAAAUGGGGAAUCGCAGACAGAACAGCAGCCACAGAAAGAGAAAAAUGGAGGCCCUGUGCCAGAGGAGAGCAAUGACUCCAUGGAUUCAGCUUUUGCCAACAAAGAGAACCUCACAGCCAACACUAAUGGAACAUCAGAUGCAGAGAAUAGCAGAGCUUCAUUGAUUUCCAAUUGUGAAGAUACCAAUGAUUCAGUGGCCCUUUCAGAAGCACCAAGUGAGCCAGUAUCAGAAGCUCCAAGUGAAGCAGUCUCCGAAGCACAAAGUGAGAGUGCAUCAGAUACCACAGAAACCCCCUGCCAGACUCCUCAGCCAGCCACAGAACCAUUGCCGCCUGCAGUGGAGGCCAAACCCACUAGCUCAGUACCCAGCAGCCCUCCAGACAACACUGGUGAACCAGCACACAAGAAGGUCAAAUUGGAUGACUAGUAUGUGGAGUGAGGUGGUGUGUGUACUUUACUACCACCUAUAUUGUGAAGAGUGGUGGAUUGUGUACUGUGCGACCACCUGCAUUAUUACCCUCCUCUCUCCCACUGCUCUCUAACCCCCCCGUCUUGUAGCACCUGUGACAGGUAGUGGUUGGGGAGGGGGGAAGGAAGGAGGGAGAGAGGAUAUGUAACACUGUUGUGACAGAAAUGGUCAACUGGUAGCAGUCCCUCACUGCCCCACCAAGUCUUAUACACUCACCCUCGUGCACUCUUGUGUAACGUACAUUCCAAGAGGCUUUUAUCAUGGAGAGAAGUAUUUUGUACACAUAUUUUCCAGUUUGCAGCUCAAUUUAGCCGUGGUCAUGUUUGCAUGGUUGUGUGUGGGCCCAAACCAGUUGAUUUUGGGCUUAUACACACCAAAUCUAGGGCUCUUUUUUUUUUUUCUUUUUUUUAACAGUUUGCAUAGAAUUUUAUAUAUAUAUAUAUGUAUUUUAGCCCAUUUUACCAUUUUAAGGAGUUGUGCAAGGCUGGCUGGAUUUUUAAUGUUGCCACCUGCACUUUGUGAUCUCCAUACAGAAGCCCUGUCACAGUAUCAAGUCCACCAGUGCAGUUCUUUGAUUCCCAUACACCAGACCUCAGUCACAAUAAUCUCUUGAAAUCUUGAAAGGAACUGGCAAAGUGUCCUAUUGAUGGCCACAUAUUUGGUGUAAGAGAGAAAGAGAGAGAGAAAGAGAGCGAGAGAGAGAGAGAAGUGAGAGAGAUAGAUUUGAGUUAACUUAAGUCACAACAGUGUUACAUGUGCUCGUCCAGGACCCGACUGGAAAGUUCGUACCCGUGCAGACAGAUAUUGUAACGGCAGCCGACCCCCAGUUAAAGCAUAGUGCGGAACCCUCUUUGGAAUCUCCCAACUCUAUUAAAUAUAACAGUGCAGGAUCAUACAUACUUUUUCCAUAUAUACUAAGAUGCAUGAUAUUUUUUGUAAUUGGAAUAUAUUUCACUUGUUUCUAAAUUACAUCUAGGUGAGUUCAGUAGUAACUUUUUAAUGUUGAGGUCUUUUGAAAUAUAUUAAAGAAAAAUAUUGAAAUUAUGCAAGUUGUAAGGUCUCUUACACCUUUCGGCCUUGAUCCUCAGAAAAUGCAGAAAAGGAGAGAAAGAGUUGAUAAAUAAGAAAGAUGAAAAUAUACUGUGGUGGAUCUUAGUGGUCUGUUCCAUGUGUUUGUUAAGAAAAGGCAAAAAAAAAAAAAACUACAAUUCAGUAAUGGUUGGGAGUGUCCAAUGAAUAUGGGCACCCAUAUACUGGCAGUGUUUACUUGCAAAUGCAGUUAGUGCAUAUGCAAGUGAACCCCAUGUAAUGAGCACCCUCGUUAACUAUUUUGUACAUCAUCUAAGAGGAGUUAGUACCUAAUGAAGUGGAUCUUGAGAUUAUAUAAGCACUUGAGGAAAUGGUCCAUUAAUGGGUGUAAAUUAUUCACUGCGGCAAGACUGAAUGGGGACGCUCUGUUCUUGCGAUUGUCUCACUGGCAGAUGAAUACCUCAGUAUUUAUUCUAAUUCCUUUCCCUUGACUUUUACCCUCCACAUGGAUGCAGAGCUUUCACCAAGACCCUUGUGAAACCAAUGUAUGUCAGUGCUAAUGAAGCGGAUGAAAGGACAAAUGGCUUACAUGUGCAAAAUUUCUCCACUCCAUACAUCAUUACUCACACACACACACACACACACACACACACACACACACACACACACACACACACACACACACACACACACACACACACACACACACACACACACACAAAAAAAAAAAACACCUGUGAGACAUGCAGAUUUUCUCUUUGCAGUUGUCUCUUGUUCUUUAUUUUUGGUUUGCAUUCUCUCCCACUUUUUAUUAAAUCAAGGAUCUAAAAACAUAUGUUUUUGUUUUCAUGUAUCUAUGAGCAUGCUAUAUAUGAAUGUAUAUAUAUGUAUACAUGUAUAUUAUUGUGUAUAUAUGUAUAUUUAUUUAUGUAUACAUGUGUAUAUAGUCAUGCAUGCCCACAAUUACACAACAUGGACAUACAUGUAUGUAGGUCAAUCAUUUCCAUACCCAGAGGAUGUGUUAGCAACACACAUCUCCAUCCACCACCUACAUCUUGAGUGCUCACGCUGCCUCCUCCACUAUUUAUUUAUUUUGUUUAUGAUGAUUUUGGUAGAUGUUUACCGCUACCCAGUUUUCUUCAUGUGGAAUUGGAAAGGAACAUAAUGCCAAGUGUAUGGAUAUACACCUUUAAACUUUGGAAGUUCAUAGUUUACCCAUGACCCCUCAAGUUGCUGGUUGUCCAUUGAAGGUUAACUAAAGUCUCAAUUUCCACAGUUUUCUGUGGAUCUUAAAGAUGGACUGUUAGCUUUCACCCAAGGAGCAAGGGAUGGGUAUCUCUAUCCCCAAGCAAAUAUUUGUUAAUAAGUAGGUGUUAGAUCUCCAUAGCCUUCUUGAUAAGAAAUGUGGUCACUGGGAAACAAGAAAUUUUUGGCAAGUUCAGUUGUGCAGUGCAAGAGGGAGGAGGUAACAAAAUGGGCUUGAGGGAGAAGAUGAAAAGGAAGGACCACAUAGGCAGGUGGUGGUGCUGGACAUUUGCAGUCACAUAAAUAUGAUUGAAGGUUACAGAAUCAAUAUUGGAUAACAGGCACUAAAAGGAUAAACUUAGAACCAAAGGAAUACUGGUAGUAUUGGAAGCUGCUUAUCUGAGUUAGAAAAGGCAAAGGUGAAGUGUUAAUUGAUUUUACUUGUAAGAAGAGGAAGAUUUUGAGCUACUUCCCCACCCCCAGUCAAAAGCUCAUUACACUGACCAGAUUAAGUAAAUUUCCAGUCGACAAAACCUGGAAGAUGGGGUUCUUUUUUAAUGUAGUCUUAGUCCUUACUUAGUCCUUAUGUAACCAAAAGUAGUGGUCUUGGGUCAGAUUUUUUUCCUUUCAUCAUAUUUUGUAGCAGGAGGUGCCAUGUGCACAUCACCCCAUCCUCAACCACUCCCAUGAGUUGCCACGGAACUGCCAGGAGGGUCCACCCAGUGUCACUCCCCAAUACAUUCUUUCCACGUGUUAAUAUUAGUAUUUCUUGAUUCCUUUGUAUUUGUAGUGGCCAUGGUGCUAGUGUGGGCUGCAGCAGAAAAUGUUAUUCUCUGUGGCACCACACUAGUAUGCAUCUCAAGUUAGAGCAUCAUCUAGUGUGUGUGAGACAGUCGGUGUAAUGUCAUGGCAGCAGCAGCAAUGUCUGGCAUGCUGUCUAAUUAGCAGGAAGAUUAAUUGAGCUUAAUGUUGGCCUUUCAUACCUUCAUAAUUGUAAUUCUGUUCAUAGGAUUUUGUGUUAGGGGACUGAUAGGGGAAUCCUUCCUGUUUUAUAUUUCUAGCAUUAUGAAUUUCUUAAAGCGCCUUUUUGAUUUAUAAUGGGUUAAAGGCUGUAGUCUUAGUGGAAGGCUAAAUAUUGGUUGUAGAAUGGUGGUGCAGGUAUAUCAACCUGCCUUUAGAUCUUAAUCUGCCCUGUAUGUUUAUUAUUGGGUUAUAUCAGGCUUAUUUAAUCAAAGUGAAUUCAGGAUGGUAAUUAAUAGUAUUUUAGUUUAAAUCUUUUUUUGUGGCAGGGACUCCUGGGUUCCGUGGCUCUGUUGCCCGCCGCUGCCUCCCCACAACAUCCUGCCUUGUAUAGACCCAUGAAAAAUGCUUAUUUUUCUAUGUAAAAAAAACAAAAAACAAAAUCGAGGACGGUAGCAAACGGCCGUUGUCGUGAUAUAACCCGAGCUCUGCUCCCCACCUUCCUCCCCCAGCAUGGGAGACCCAUCAUGAUCACUGCGGGUGCGUGAAGCUCAUCAUCAUCAUCGGCGUCAUCAUAUAGGUAGUUUUAGGUGUCAUUAUUAUUUAAUCAGUAGACUUGCACACAAAUACCUGAACUCAAGGAUCAGGGGUGACUGGGUCUGCCACCCAUGUCUUAUUUCAACCAAUUAUUAAUGAACAAUGAAAAACUGGAGUGAAUACUACCACAGAUAUGGCCUUACACAACAGGAAGAUUUGGUGUUUUAGUAUAUUCUAUUUCAGUUUUAAUGUGAUAGAAUUAGUUCAAAUAAAGGAUUCACACCAGG